UGAUGACAUACUCUUUCAGACACUGGAAGAGCUACAAGCUAGCCUGGACCUAUGGACCUUGCCUAGAUACAACCGGACCAUCCCGCUCUCCCAGGCUGCAUUUGACGCCAUCUGGACUGCAGCUAAUGGCCCUCAACCCAUCCAUUGACCGCCUCGCCAAGGUGACUAAGAAUACGGAAUCCUUGGAGGAUCCGCUGUGAUAGUGCCCCGUUAUGAUGUUGUUCGUCGCCAAUAUACCCUUUGUUAUCAAUAAAACAAUAGUCUUCAUUCCUAUCACCCAUCGACAAAGGAUCACAAUGAUGUCAUGACCCAAUUAGUUAAAAUGUGACCAGUGAGAAUAUUUAGUUGGUAUUUUCCAAGAACCAUGAUAAAUAAGUGACGUCUAUGCCGACCUACUGGCGAGGUGUAGACGUAUUACAAUGAGACCAUACUUGCACGACCAAAGCAUUGCUCAUAAAGCGUUCUCGCCACGCGUAUUCAACACAAUCGCCUUCAAGAGCUCCACACAGCUAUACGAACAAACCUUGGCGUGUUACCGACACUUAAACCGAUAUUUACCGUGGUUGGCAUAGGCGCAAAUCAUACAUACAGAUCGGUGUAUACUGCCCUGGUUGUACCAUUAGCAAGAGUAGUCAUCGAUCCGAAGCACAGACUUCAUUCAUUGAGGAAAUAUCGUGGUUUUCACGUGGAUAGAAAACACAGGCUGCGAUCGGAGUGAAGCCACAACAGCUAUAAUCAACCAGGAACCCUUCUUAUUCACAGUGGUUUUCAUCAAUAUCGGAAUAGAUCACAAUCCUUCAUUUAUUGCCAUUUGUAGCACCUGCAGAGUGCCGUAUGCCUCGUGGUGAAGGCUUAGCACAUCGUUCGCACAUACCAGGGCCAGUAACAAUGUCGAAGGAUUCCAUUCUCUUGCUGGAAAGUGUGGUAGGAGAGUCCAUUCACAUGCCGGACAAUGGCGGAUUGACAGCUGAUGCACUGGUCAAUCAUGUCAAACGGAGCACCAACAACGAAUUGGUAGCCGAGUUUAUUUCGAUAGAUGAGGAACCCAAGAGCGCCACCUAUCUUGAGGCAGCGAAAGAGGAGAAUCUAUACUACCGGAAUCGAUAUUACAAUGUGUUGAGUAUGGACCACUCUCGCGUCAGAAUCAACUCGGGGACCUAUAUCAAUGCAAACUUUGCGGAUGGAUACAAACAGAAAAACGCUUAUAUCGCUGCGCAGGGACCACUGGACGAGACAUUCACGGACUUCUGGGAAAUGAUCUGGGAACAGUCAGUCAUGACCAUUGCCAUGGCAACAAGGCUGGCGGGUGAAGGGAGGUUCUCGUCGUUGUGUGGAGAGUAUUGGCCCAGGGUCGACGGCCAGGUGGACCAGUAUGGCGAGUUCGAGGUUCGGAACAAAGGAAUAGAGAAACAAAAAGACCUGACAGUGACUGCCUUGGUGCUACAGAACCUUACGACCGGAGAGUCCCGUGAUAUCGCCCAUCUCCAAUUCACCGGUUGGCCCGACUAUGACGUACCAAGCUCCGCUGCUGCAUUCUUAAGUUUCUUGUCGCGCGUCCGACAGAGCCAGCUCGAGGCCAUGGAAAGACAGACUUCUGGCUGGACGGGGCAUCCGCUUGGGCCUCCUAUCCUGGUCCACUGCAGUGCGGGUAUUGGCAGAACAGGAACUUUCUGUACCGUCGACAUUUCGCUCCAGCGCCUGGUAGACAUCGGGACUGUGGACAUCACUGGAACUCUCCAGAAACUCCGGAGUCAACGAUCUCUUUGCAUACAAACACACCAACAAUAUGUCUUCACGUAUCUUGCAAUCCUAGAACAUUGCUCAAGGGAAGGGUUACUCAAAGACAAAGAUUCAAAGGCGUAUGUUAAGCGACUAUGUGAGAAUUUUAGAAAAUAAACCAGGUGGCUUCGUGAGGAGCUGCGGUAAUUUCAAAUUUCCAGUGGUCGCCAACGAUGGCGGUUGGAACAUCAGGACAGGGUGGGUAUGAAAGGAAGUACAGUGCUCCUGGAGGAUGAAUCCCUUUGCUGCGUCACAGUAAAUGGAAGAGGAGGAAGAAGAAUCAUAUUGUAUUGAUCGACGGCAUGUUUACAGGCGGACUAGUAAUAUGCACGAUCUAGUCUCAAGGUGAUUAUCAUACACGGCUCAGGAAAUUGGUUUGGUUGGACUUCGUCAAAAUAUUUCUCGUGCAUGCCUGGAUGAUGUUCUGUCAGGAGACAACCAUUGCGGGAACCUAUUCUAGCUCAUGUAGUUCCUGUCUUUAGUCUCCUUUUACAUUUGUAUCUCACCGGCCAUUUGACUGGGAGCACGGGCACAAGUGCUGUGAGUGCGUGGCCAGUGGAUUGAUCGUUUAUUUGGGCCAUCUUUGAUCUCUUACUGUCAUGCUUGUGGUUAAACUAGAAGCAAUAACUUGCAUUUUAUACUGUAAAUGAUUGAGACCAACUGUGAUCUACAUGUGUAAUGUUCUUGUCGUAUAGACUCCAUGUACAUCUGCAUAGGCUGUCGGAGACAGUAUGUAGAUGUGCCUGCUACCAAUAAAUUAAUUUUAUGCA